UCUAGCCGAAGCAGUCCAACUUUCACAGUCCUCGCCACCAGGCCAGAACGCGGAGGGCCUCGAGCUAUGCAGCAACUGUGCGACUCGGUGAGCGGCGCGAACUGGCGCCCGAUGCGGUUCGAGGACGAGUUGACGUCGAUUCGAUACGCCUGCUGCGUGUGCCACGUCAUUCCGAGCACGAUGGUACUGCUGCCUUGUUCCCACAUUCUGUGCGAGCAGUGUGUGACGGGGUGUGUCAUCCAAGAUGGUGGCAGCGUCUGUCCCCUGGACGCCCAGCCUUUCUGCGAAGAUGAGUGCCAGAAGUUAAAGCUUCCUGCCAAGGCGAAACACAACCUGAAGGCUCAUUGCUGGAAUGAGGUCAACGGCUGCCAGUUUGUGGGAACCAUCGAAGCCGUUCUGCAGCACUUCGACAGAGACUGCCUCUUCCACGCCCUCCAGUGUCGACGCUGCGAACGAAGAAUACUGCGCACUGACAUUGCAGCCCACUAUGUUUCCGGGUGCUCGCAGAAUGCUUCUGGCGCAAGAGAUGGUCAGCCAAGCACUCAAGAUAGAGCAUUUGCCAGUUGUUACGAGGAUGCAGUGUUAGAAAAGCUGUCUGCUCUUCAGAGACAAGUGAACGAUCUCUCCAGAAAAGCGGACUCCGUAGAUUUCGAAGCUGUGAGCUGCGGAAUGAAAGGCAUAGAGUCGAACAUCACCUCGAUGAUGACUCGCCACCUGAGAGCUGGCCUAGAAGAAGUGAAGCUGCUUGUGAGAGACCCCUUGAGUGAUCAGCUGUCGUCACUUCAGAGUCAGAUGAAUGAACUUGUUGAACAGACAAUACAGAAUGACACCUUCGAAAUUCAGGAAGUGGUACGCGAAACUAGAGACUCGCAAAAUGAAUUGAAGCAAGAUGUUCAGGCAAUGUCACAGCUUAUGGAGAGAAUGCCAGUGAUGUGGAAAAUACAUUCAAAGAAAUCCUAACAGUCCAACUACGGGAAUUCAAGCAGGCGUUAGAGGCAUGGAAAUGCGAGAUGAAGGAACAAAUGAGUGAGGUUGAGGCUUAUCUCUGUACGAAGCUCAUGGACCAACAGCAGUG